UUGGAUCUCAGACAAACACCGGCCAGCUGCACUGCCCAAAAAGUCGUGAAAGAGGCUGCAAAAUAAAAGUAAAAAUAGGUCCUACGUUUGCUCUUUGUCCUUUGUGAGAUAUGAGUAAUAUAGUGAUAGGCGUAUGAGUGAUGCUCAGACUUAAGUAAAUCCGUAUUUCCCCGAAUACUUCCUUCUCUCCUCCAGUUAAUUCUAAAUCGUUUCGCUUACUCGUCGGUCGUUUUUCGCAGCGCGUGUGUUUAAUUAUAUAGCCGUAUGUGGAGGAUUAUGCCACUGGCAAUAAUAACAAGGAGACCAGCAAAUUAAUUUAAUCACAUGCAAUCUACAUGUUGGUAACAAUUUGGUUUUUCCCUCAAACUAGUGUUAAAAUGACAGCGGCAGAAUAAAAUGUACAGAAUGCCGGCUACUCCAAACAUUAAAUAGGUUGAUUCGAAAGCCAGACUCCAGUUCAAUCAUCAGCCAGCUACAUUUUAAAUUCCCAUGCAGGAAAGCCAGGGAGAGAAUCGAAGUCAUAUAAAAAACAUAGCAGCAAAGUGGAAAAAUUGUGGAAAACAGGAAAUGAAUAUGCAAAAAAGGGCAGAAGGGAUAUGAAAAAUGCAAAUAGCCAAAUCGAGUUCAAUGAGAAAUGCAGCUAACCCUAAGCCGAACGUAUUUACACAAUUUCACAUGCAAGGCAAAAGUAGCGGCAUUCAGGUAGUUCUGGGACACAGGACCUGUCCUUGUCCGAAUACAAAUGCGACUCACUGUGCAGAUUGCUAAUUGUGGCUGACUGGUAAACCGAAGAAAGCAGAAGCGCCGAAUGAAAAAUGCAUUAAAUGCAACCGCAAAAUAGAGCAAAAAGUAAAACCAAUCAAGCGACGAAAAAAUAAAGGAAAUUGCACAUACUGAGCGCUGGGCAAAACAAAAGGAUGACAAAACCAGUAAGCGAAUGUAAAAAUUGAUUUCUGCGGUCUGGAUAGCGGAUAUUGCUCAUAUAUGUCCGUAAAUCGUUUUUCGAAGGCCAGCACGACAUAAAACAUUAACUAAUUUAUCAAUAAACAAUCAUAUUUGUGGGCUAAAGGGAAAACAAAAUGCAGAAGCCAGCGAUUAAACUACAAAGACUCCUCAUCAUUACCGCUGUUUACAUAGCCAGUUUGCCAGGUCUCACUGUGGGGCUGCGCAAUGUCAACGUUCGCAUCCCGUCCGCUGUUAAGCGCGGCGAUAAUGCGCUCUUAAUCUGCAAUUAUGACAUCGAGAACGACACGCUCUACACGGUGAAGUGGUACCGCGGCAGACGGGAGUUCUAUCGCUAUACGCCAAAGGAGAAUCCGGCCUGGAAGAUAUUCACCAAAACGAAUGAAAUCGAUGUCGAGACAACCCAAUCGAAUGCCAGCCAUGUCCUUUUGAGAAAUGUUCCAACCUCAAUAUCCGGGAAAUUUGCCUGCGAAGUGUCCGCGGAUGCACCCACCUUCGACACUUCCAUCGUGGCCGCCGACAUGGAGGUGGUUGAAUUGCCAACCCAACGGCCGAUAAUUACCGGCAUCCAUUCAAGAUACCGUCUGGGGGACGUUGUGAAUGGUAACUGCUCAUCCGAUUACUCCAAGCCAGCGGCUAAUCUCACCUGGUGGAUCAAUGACAUACAAGUGCCGCCCAAUUACCUCCGCAUCUACGAUAUUCAAAGACAUUUAGCUGAGCACCUGGAGUCAGCCGUUCUGGAGAUCAAUUUCGUGGUGACAGUGCAUCACUUCAUUAAGAGUCGCUUGAAGCUAAAAUGUUCUGCCCGAAUACAUGAAAUCUAUGCGCAGGAGAGCGAGAAACUGAUCGAGGAGGAUCGUCCCAGGAUUUUGGCAUCUGGCAGAUCCCCAGAUAUGAACAUGUAUCCUUUUGAUCAGCCCGGUGAUGUGGAUGAGCACAAUGAGCUAUUUCUAAUUCAUUCUAAUGCCGCUUCAGGACCAUUUGCUUGGAAUUUUAUCCUGAUUCUUCUUCUGUGGCCAAGUGUUUGGGUCCUGGGCGCCUGGGAGAAUCGGCGAAGGAACCUGUUGGAGGUCGAAUAUUUUGACAGGAUGGAACGGUGAUAAGAUGGCCACUGGCAGGAGAGAUGGACUUCAGGUGGGACUUGGGACGAUAAAGAACCCCUGCUCGGGCUCAGCAAUUAUGGAACCCAUAUUUAGCAAAUCGAUUAGCAAAUCAACAGUGAAAGGUCCUCAGCAUACCGAAUAUACCUACUCAUAUAUACCUAAACCUAUGUUAAGUACGUAACUGUAAAGACAAUUGCAUUUCCGCAGACCCGUACUCCUCUAACCCUAAGUCAAGUGUAAAUAGGCAUCGAGCGCAUCCUCGCAUACUCACCAGGAAUAUAUACCUACAUUUAUAUACAUACUUAUAUAUAUCUACUCUCUAAGCAGGAUUCUAAAUGUUUGCUUUCGUUGGGUUUUGUCGAGGAUUUAUUGUUAAGAUUGUGGUUUCUAGGCAGAUUCAUUGUUCUGUUCUUAUGUGUCUGUUUGAAAAACUGUACAACUAAAAUGUUUAGCUAUAGCGUUAGCUUUAGUGUCUCCUUAAGUUGAAAGUGUGCGUAUGAAAUAUUGAUAAAAGCCAAAUAAAAACCGUUUUAUUUGAUCACUUA